AUGAGCAAAACCAGUGAUAAAAAGAUUGUUGUGCACUUUUUAGGACUGGUGUUGAAAUUGAUUCCGUGCUUGAUGCUGACCAUCUUCAUGACUUUACUCGUUCGUAUGUUGAUGGAAGCACGUGAACGACGAACUCGACUGUGCGGUGGAUCGGCUACGGGUAAAUCACAAGCCGAACGCACCACAUCCAUGCUGACCGCUAUUGUGGCAGUUUUUUUGAUCACUGAAGCACCACAAGGAUUACUGGUUUUUGCUACAGGUGUUAAACCGGGUGUACGUUACGCGAUGCAAUAUUUGGGUGAUUUCAUUGAUCUGCUCUCACUGAUCAAUAGCAGUUUCAAUUUUAUUUUAUGCGCUCUAAUGAGUCAUGUUUUCAGGUUAUUUCUUUUCAUCACUCGAUUGCUUUUGAGCUUACGCGUUUCGACGCUUUCCAAUGAUUUUUAUCAUUAUUUAAACGGGGAGCUUAUAUUUGCAAAUGUUUUAAACGAUUAUGAGGCAAUUUAUCACCGUUGGUGA